AAAAGGAAAAAGUGGGCACUAGCCGAGGGAGGAAGGAGCGUCGACUGCUGCUGGAGCUGCAGGUUGUUCAGAUUGUUCAGGAGAUUCCAGGAUUGAUCUGAAGCAUCUGAAGAAUCAAGAAGGAUCUGAAUCCUCGAGGAGGAUCUGAAGAAUCUGAGGAUUCGAGCUGAUUCUGUUUCUUCCUCCUGAAGCUGAGUUGUUAUGGCGUCCAAUGACUCGCGGACGCCACCGCCCGCUCAGAAGGACGCGGCCGACCAGAACUUCGACUACAUGUUCAAGCUGCUGAUCAUCGGCAACAGCAGCGUGGGAAAGACCUCCUUCCUGUUCCGCUACGCCGACGACUCCUUCACGUCGGCCUUCGUCAGCACCGUGGGAAUCGACUUCAAGGUCAAGACCGUGUUCCGCAACGACAAGAGGAUCAAGCUCCAGAUCUGGGACACAGCGGGCCAGGAGCGUUACCGCACCAUCACCACAGCUUACUACCGAGGAGCCAUGGGCUUCCUGCUCAUGUAUGACAUCUCUAACCAGGACUCCUUCAACGCCGUGCAGGACUGGGCGACACAGAUCAAAACCUACUCUUGGGACAAUGCUCAGGUGAUUCUUGUGGGUAACAAGUGUGACCUGGAGGACAACAGGCUGGUACCCACCGAGGACAGCCAGCGACUAGCAGAGGAACUGGGCUUCCACUUCUUCGAGGCCAGCGCCAAGGACAACAUCAACGUGAAGCAGGUGUUCGAGCGGCUGGUGGACGUCAUCUGCGACAAGAUGAACGAGAGCAUGGACGGAGACGCCAGCCUGGUGUCCAACCACAGGAACCAGGGCCUCAAAGACUUGCCUUCAGAGAGCAGUGGGGGUUGUGCCUGCUAAACACACACACACACACAGACACACACACACACACACACACACACACACACACACACACUGAUGCUCCUACGUGAAGAUCAACUCCUUCUGUGCCUCGACCAUGGAACGUGUCCCACCUCUUCCUGUCUCUUCUCUCUGCUUCGCCCCCCCACACAUCACAGCACAGACCAAAGGACAGUUGGAUUUUAAUCACACAAUCAAACAUCCGCACAACACACACACUCACACACACACACUCAUCACUUAAUCAUACUUGAGUUGGAGCUAUAGUGAAAGUAAACAACAAACAGCUUUGUCACAGUAACUAGAGUAAAUGUAACUUGUAACUUCCGCCCCUGGAACACCUGGGACUCUCUGGCUCUCUGGACGUCUUCGUCUUCUACGUGUUCGGCUCCACUUUCUCAUCCUGACAUAUUUGUUUUUGUUAUUGUUGUUUGAGUCCCCCACUCGCUCUCUCUGAACCCCUCCCAGGUUUCUGCAGUUUUUCCACGAGGCAACAAACAGAAACUCUGGAGCUUCUCACAUUUGCUCAGAAAGCAGCUGAUGUCUCAACCUUAAGUUCUUAAAAAACAUGUUUUACUUUUUAGGAAAAACUCUUUUUCACCUUCUUGUUAAACGUAAACAUUCUUAUCUUAUCUUAGCACAAGGACUUUGUUCAGAUAAACAAUUGAGACGUACCUUAAAGAUUGUAACCUCACCCUAACUUUGGAAAGAGCCACGCUAACAGUUUACAACUGUCUUCAGUCUUUGUGCUAAGCUAAGCUAACCAACUGCUCAAUUUUCCUGUUUGACUCUUUGCAAGAAAGCCAAUAAUAAUCCCUUAAUGUUGAAUUACGUCUUUUAAAAGAAAUCAGAUUCCGCUCAAUGUAAAAGAUACAAUCGUGUUUCCUGCUCUGUAAAAAAUAAUCCUGACUCAAAUGAAACUGAAGUAUGUAAAUUCAUGUCGCCUCUUCCUCCGCUAGAUAAUCUGUGUGGUGUGAGAUUCUGAGUAUUUAUCUUGUAGUCCAUCAUUUUAAAGAUGGUAGAUUGAGCUCAUGGUGAUGAAGGAGCUCGACAGGAUGUCAUCAUGAACCUUAUCGAAGGAUUUAGAAUCUCUUUUCUCACGCAGGGACACCGACUGAGCUGCUCGGGGGUUUUACUGAUGAACGUUUGCGUGAGGAAGUCGUUUAUGACUGGAAACACAGGAGGUAUCGGUCGCGUGGGGUGACUGGCACGUCCUCGCCUUGUGCCACUUUGUCUUGCACACACACACACAAACACACACGCACACACACAGUUCCCCUUGCUGCUGCACGGAAAAACAGUUGACAUGGCAAACACACACAAUGCUCAAUCACUUGAGGAUUCACAUAUUAUUCCAUUUUUAUUAUUGUCUUUAUAUCCAUUUACUGUCAAAUCAAUCAUCUUUUCAUUAGUUUGUUCACACUUUGUUGAAACCUGGCUUCAGAUUCAUGCAAUUGAAAUUUGAAUUGCAACACAAAUCAGGAAAGAUAGAAAAACCUAUCAACCUCCAUAACGUUUUAUUUCUGACCCUUAAUUGUCACGUUUGGAGCCGUUUGACCAUCGCUGACCAGUAACUGUCAGUUGGUAUCAACCACAACGUCUCGCCGUGCCAGAGCCCGUUGUCGCUCCGCACAUCUGGGGGGUUGGGCCACAACUGGUGGUCAGCCCCCCACCCCCACCCCUGCCUGCUAUUGUGUUAGCUUGUGGUCACGUAUCUGUCUCGUCUGUGUGUGUGCUGCAGAGGACUUUAUAGAUUUGACAGAUCUCAGAAAGCUGCUUCCAUCGUCUCCUCUGCACCGAGGUGAAGAGCUUUCCACCGGCUGACACUACAUCUCUGCAGAAGCACUGUGCUGUUAUGUGUGUUUCGAUGGAAUCAGAGGGUGAACAGUGUCUGGGACAGUUUCAUAUCAAACAUAUUGAAUGUGCUGAAGCUGCACCACUGGACUCAUGUCUGGAAUACGACUCUGCUGUUGUACAGACAGGUCUGUAGCAUCCGAGCUGCUCAGAGUGUUUCCUUUCCUUCUGUUUUGCUUUCUCCCUGAAGUUUAUUGUAUUUUCAUGUGGUAACUCUCUAAACGACGGGAGAUAACAUCUUUGAUUCCUGUAUCUGUGAGUUCUGAAAAGCAUUGGAUGGAAGCCUUGUGAAAAUAAACAAAAUGAAAUUGAACAUGUGUAAAUGUGUGUAUGAAAAUAAAGAGUAUAUUCAUU